AUGAACCAUGUUUCACUUCUUCUUUUAAGUAUCAUUUUGUUUUCAUAUAUAUUUGUAAGAGGUUAUCAAGUUAUUUAUGUAGAUUCGAUAGAUGACACAUAUCGAAAUGAAAACUUAGAAGAAGACUUAUCAUGCUCAUGGAGAUAUUAUUGUUCUGAGUUUUUCCAUGUUUGUGAAAAAGGGUGUAGUUCAAAGAAGAAAUUGAAAAAGGGAUACAACCUAAUAAAUACGAGCUCGUUGAAGGGAAAAUGUUAUUUUAAUGUUGAAUGUGACAAUUAUGACAUUUAUUUCGAUACAGAUAAUUCAUUAUAUUUUAUUUAUUUUUCUAAAUUAUUUUUUCAUAUUAGUUCGGAUUUUACACUAUAUAUGAAUCUUUUAAAAAAGAACCAUGAAAUAUCAAAAGACAACAAUUAUUUAAAUAAAGAAAAAAUUCAACAAAAUUGUAACCAAACGAAUAAUAUACACACGUAUGCACAAUAUAAAAAAAAGUCCUUGUAUGAAAAAAUACGUUACUAUAAAAAAUUUAUAGCCAAAAAGUUUAAGAAAAAUUUAAUGAAGUUAUUAGUAUUCUUUUUAAUCUUAUAUAUGAUUUUUAUUUCUCUUUUUAUAUAUACAUACAUACGUCUAAAAAAUGCAUGA